AUGGGAGAGACAUGGACCUGGAGCACCGGGCUGUCAGAGUACAGAGAGUGGGGCGAAGACCAGCCUGACGACAGUCACGACUGCGUCACCAUCUCCUCUAAGUCCAAAGACAUGGCCACCAGAGACUGCUCCUCCCGGAUCCCCUUCAUCUGCUUCAACGACAACCUGAUCCUGGUGAAGGAGAACAAGACGUGGGAGGAGUCUCUGGAGCACUGCCGGGGUAUGAGGUCCGACUACCAUCAGGACCACCGCUACGAGCUGGUCAGCGUGCAGCCGGGGUACGAGCACAGCAUCCUGAUGACCACGAUCGAGGAGUCUGACACUGAGGAGGUUUGGGCCGGUCUCCGCUUCAUGGAGGGUCACUGGUGGUGGGUGAACGGGGCAGACAUGCGCUUUGACCUGCCCAUCUGCCCCGUCCAGUGGCAGCACUGUGGCGCUCUGUCCAAAAACGACACGGUCGCCAUGAAGAACAGGGACUGUUUGGAGAAGAAGAACUUCCUGUGUUACAGAAAGAACUGACAUCCUGGGGUCAUGCCAGAUCUACUGCUGUGUUCACGACUCCACAUGACACCACUUCCCUUUAUUUGCAUGUUUUUCCUACUUUGAUUGCUUAGAUACUGCUUAUAAUGUGUAUGAGUUUCCACUGGGACUGGUAGAGCGCCCCCUG